AUGCCGUCCAAUCACCUUUUCCAAUACUCUGUUGUCUCAGCCCUUAUGGAUGGAGUCGCCGAGACAGGCAUCACCAUUUCGGACCUACUCAAGCAUGGAGACCACGGGCUGGGAACCUUUCGACACAUGGUCGGCGAAAUGAUUAUCCUUGAUGGUGUGCUUUACGAUAUGAAGCCUGAUGGAUCAGUUGUCGCGCUUGAUAAAGAUGCUUGCGCAGAGCAAAUAGCGCCUUUUGCGAUGAUCACUGAGUAUCAGCCCACGGCGACAAUCUCCAAAGAAUUAAACACCAAAGAUUCGCUCGCCAAGGUUCUAUCAGAGCUUUUGCCAGGAACAAAAAACCACUACGUCGCUUUCAGAGUAGAGGGCACGUUCAAAUCAGUCACUGUACGAACCGUCGGAGGACAACAAUCACCUGGCGAAAGUCUCGCUGAGCUUGGAAAGCGUCAAGCAUCGCAUACGUUUAGCGAUAUCAAGGGUACCAUCAUUGGUUUCCGAUCACCCACUUUCAUGCAGGGUAUCAGUGUCGCAGGCGAUCACCUCCACUUCCUGUCGGCAGAUAAAAAGGCUGGAGGCCAUGUGUUGGCAGUUGAAGGCGAUGGAGAGUUGAAGGUCACUGCGGCACCUAUUACAGCUGUCAAUCUACAGUUACCAUCAGAAGACGAUGCGUUCAAUCAGGCCAAGCUGGCAAGGGAUGAUGAGGGAAUAGCUGCGGUUGAAGGUUGA